AUGUCCCUCGUCAACCUCGCCCACGUCUGCUCGCACCUCCAAAACGCCUCCAAAGCGCGGCUAGGCCUGACCUCCAUCCCCCUGACAAAUCUCCACCUGCGCCUGAUGCUCGGCCUCCAAAAACAAGGCUUCAUCUCCUCUGUCCAGCUGGGCGGACCGGCACCACCCCUACCCGAGAUACUUCGAGAGCCCGAACCGGAGCUGCCUCGGCACGCUGAGGAGGUGGUCAAGGAGCGGCCGUGGGAAUUGUACGCAACACCUGAACCAAAGGACAGCGAUGCGCUGCUGAACCCGCGGAGCGCGGAACCUGUGGCGGAGGAGGCGUGGGCGGAGGUCGGAAGCCACGGGUCACGCAAGGCCUCCUCCUCUUCCCCCUCCACCAGCGCAACAUCUCCAGACGUACCGGCAAACGCGGCGAGACGAAGACUGUGGCUGGGUCUGAAGUACUGGAACAACGACCCCGUCAUCUCGAAGAUGGGCCUCGUCAGCAAGCCGACGAAGCGGAUAUGGCUGAACAGCCAGGAUAUCGGGAAGAUUGCACGAGGGUUUGAGGCUGGCUAUGUGAAGGGGCUGACGCGGCCGGGGGAGUGUUUGUUUGUUAGCACGGAUAGGGGGGUAUUGGAGGCGAGGGAGUGUGCGGAGAAGAAGGUGGGGGGCCUGAUGCUGUGUCGGGUUUAUUGA